AAAGCAGUUGGAUGUGGUUUGGGUUAAGCCGACAGAUGGAAGAACCAUAUAGCGCGUGAAACCGGAUAGAGUCAAGGCCGGCCAGGGCGGCAACAGGGGCCCGGAUUUUCGUGAGGGGACGGGAUUUUCGCUUCCUCACGUUCCCGAUUAAGUCUACCUUUGCCUCGGAAAUUCAAACCCAGGAAAUUAUAGUACUACCCUUUCCAUGCUCCUCCUUGUUAGAUGAUAAGAAGAAGGUUUAAUUUAGUCAUUUAACGCUCUCAAAGGCCGUCCCAAUCCUUUUGGCGCCAGCAAGAGAAAAUUAAAAAUAAAAUUAAGGUAUUACCGUUAAUUUCCUGAUCUAGAUUACCCAAAAUUUCCUCUGCAUCUCCACUCCUUAAACCCAAACUUAAACUCCUCAUAAUCCUUACUCCUCCACCUCUAACGACGACGACAACCACCAUGACAACCAACGCUGCCGCUGCAGCUGCAGCCGCCACCACCACAGCAUCCCAUAUCCUCCAUCACACCUCCGCUUUCCUCUCUGAAUCCAUCUCCCAAUCAGACCUCCGCCACCAUAUUCUUUCCACUCUGCGCCGCCGAAUCUCACCUUGCAUCCAAACUACUUCCAUCAAAACCCUAAAUUUAGCAUCAGAAACUCUCGAAAAAGCCAUCUCCGCCGCAAAUCCUUUCAUUCAAUCCUCCUCUCUCCGUCUCGCCGAAAGGCUCCUCCUCUCGUACCGUAAAAUCCCCUUCUCUUCCUUUCUUCUUUCUCUAAUUUACACUCUCACCCAAGAACCCACCAAUGCCGCCAUUAAUCUUCUUAAUAUUUUCUAUAUAGAACCUUCGUUGUCACGAUCAGAGAUAGCUCCGGUUCUUUUCGAGGAGUUGUUUUUAGUCCAUCUUUUACCUGUCCUUCAAUGGUUUAAUGAGCAAAGAUCAAGAAUUUUGUCUUCUUUGUCUAUGAAUAUGGGAUAUGAGAGCGAUGAAAAUUCCAUGUAUGACGUGUCAGUGGUUCUUCCUAGCUCGAAAUUGUUGUCGAAAAUGAGUGGAGGUCAAGCUUUAGAGUUGAAGGAGCUAGAAAGCAGUUAUGAGGAGGUUGUUGAUGAGAACUGCAGAGUUUUUGCUAAUUACUUUAAGGAAGUCCUAGGAAAUAGUGACGAAAAUAUACUAAUUACACCGCCAUCGAUCGUCUUGAAAGAGAUAGGAAAGGUCGAUAAAUUGGAAGGUAAUGAAGAUAAAAAGAUCAAAACAGAGGAAUUCGGACUGAAGAAUGGACGGUAUAAUCCGAUUUGGGCUGAAGGGGAAAUUUCAGUAGAAUUCUCUAGCUUCAGUAGCAGCAGCAAGUCCAAGUCUCCUCCACCAUCAUAUCCUCAAAGGGUCUCUGCAAAAACCCUCACAAAUUCUAACUACAGGAAACUGACAAAAUCACCUAUUUUAUAUUCUGAUUCUGAAGUGGAGUCCUCUUUGGAAGAUAACAUGAUCAAUUUCUCUUCAGAAUCUGAAGCCGAACUUGAGGAAAGCAGCAGAAGAUUGGCAUUGUUUGAGCAUAGACAAAGCAAAACCCAAAAACAUAAGCAGCCAAUUAUUGCAGGUUCCAGUAGUUCGCCAGAUCAUGUAAUGGGUGAUUCAGGUAAUCCUCCAGGUUAUGGGAAACAUACACCUCCAAAGGACUUCGUCUGUCCUAUAACAAGCCAUCUGUUUGAUGAUCCAGUAACACUUGAGACAGGGCAGACAUAUGAACGAAGGGCGAUUAAAGAAUGGCUUGAUAGAGGAAACUCAACAUGUCCAAUUACGCGGCAGAAGUUGCAUAGCUCACAAUUGCCCAAAACGAACUAUGUACUCAAAAGACUUGUUGCAAGCUGGCAAGAGCAGAAUCCUGAUUUUGCAUCAAAUAAAUCUGAAAGUCCACACCAAAACACUGAAUCAAGCUUCAAGCCGACAAUAAUGCCCCCAGAUUCUUCUCCUAGUACUGUCAUUAACCAAGCCAGCAUUGAUAGUAGCAUGACUGAGCUACGACAUGCCAUUACUAAUCUUUGUAUGUCAGAAAUUCUGAAUGAGUCUGAAAUGGCCGUCCUUAUGAUAGAGCAAUUCUGGCAGGAGGCUAAUAUGGACCUUGAUAUUCAAAGUAUGCUCUCAAAACCUCCGGUUAUUAAUGGAUUCGUAGAGGUCCUUUUCAAUUCUGUUGAUCCACAGGUGCUGAGAGCAACUGUUUUUCUCCUGUCUGAAUUGAGUUCAAGAGACAAAGGUGUGAUACAGACUCUUACACGAGUUGAAUCUGAUAUGGAAUGCGUUGUGGCUCUUUUCAAGAAGGGUUUAUCAGAGGCUGUUGUUUUGAUAUAUCUAUUAAGACCUUCUACUAUAAGCUUACUAGAGAUGGACAUGGUGGAAUCUCUCCUAAAAGCCAUUAAAAAGAAAGAGGAUAUGCUUAAGAUGUGUUUGAAGCAAAAAACAGCUGCUGUGCUUCUACUAGGACAAGUCCUUGGCUGCAAUGAAGAAAGUAUUGUUUCUUCAAUUGCCAAUGCUAUUGUUUCUACCAAAGUGAUUGAAUGUAUUGUUGGCAGCUUGGAAGCCGAGUGGGCAGAAGAGCGGAUUGCUGCAGUUGGGAUCUUAUUAAAAUGCAUGCAGGAAGAUGGGAAAUGUAGAAACAUAAUUGCUGAUAAAGCUGAGUUGGCUCCAGUUUUGGAGAGCUUCUCAAGUGCAAGUGAUGGAGAAAGAUUUGAGAUAGUUCACUUCUUCUCUGAAUUAGUCAAAUUAAAUAGGAGGACAUUCAAUGAGCAAGUUCUUCACAUCCUUAAGGAUGAAGGUGGUUUUAGUACAAUGCACGGCCUUCUUAAUUAUUUACAGACAGCUCUUCAAGAUCAAUGUCCUGUUGUGGCUGGUCUUUUACUCCAACUUGAUAUUUUGGCUGAGCCAAGAAAGAUGAGCAUAUUCCGGGAAGAAGCAAUAGAUACUCUAAUUUCAUGCCUCAAAAACUCUGAAUUUCCUGCUGUUCAAAUAGCUGCUGCCAAUAUAAUUGUGUCAUUGCAAGGAAGAUUCACCUCCUCUGGAAAAUCCCUUACUCGAGCUUUUCUCCUGAAACGAGCUGGACUUGGCAAAAGUUAUAGAAAUCUUAUGCGUAUGGAGCAGCUUGGCAACUUGUCUGGAGAAAUUGAAGACACACUGGAAGAAGAGAGGGCAGCUGAAGAUUGGGAAAGAAAAAUGGCAUAUGCUAUUGUAAGCCAUGAGUUUGGAAUAGUUUUUGAGGUUUUAGCAGAAGGCUUGAAGAGCAGAUGUCUAGAGUUAGUUUCCUCAUGCUUGAUUUCAUCAACAUGGCUUGUACAUAUGCUUGGCGUUCUUCCUGACACAGGGUUACGAGGAGCAGCCCGUGUUUGCUUGCUCAAGCAUUUCAUUACAAUUUUCAAGUCCGCAAAGGAAACUGAAGACAAAGUCCUUUCGUUGCUUGCUCUAAAAAGCUUCAUAAAUGAUCCUGAGGGGCUGCGAGACCUCACAUUCUACAUGAAGGAUAUUAAGAAAGGUCUGAGAGAGCUUAAGAAAUCAUCACCCUUGGCAGUUGAAAUUCUGAAAGUUCUGUCUGAGGGCCGCGACUCUAGUGCUGAAUUCUGGAAUCAUCAAGAACUAGCUCAAGCGGACUGUAGUGCAAAUGGUGAAGUGCUCUCAAUCACUUGCUCCAAAGACAAAAUAUUUUCUGGCCAUUCUGAUGGAACUAUAAAGGUUUGGACUGGUAGAGGUAGCAUUCUUCAUCUCAUCCAAGAACUUAGAGAACAUACUAAGGCAGUCACAAGCUUGGUAGUUUUACAAUCAGGAGAAAGACUAUAUAGUGGUUCACUUGAUAGAACUGCAAGGAUCUGGUCCAUUGGCAACGAAGCAUUACAUUGUGUACAAGUGCAUGAUAUGAAGGAUCAGGUCCAUAAUCUAGUGGUGGCUAAUAGCAUUUCCUGCUUCAUUCCACAAGGAGCUGGAGUCAAGGUCCACUCAUGGAAUGGAGGAUCCAAAUUAUUGAAUGCAAAUAAAUACGUCAAGUGCUUAUCUUUAGUGCAAGGAAAAUUGUACUGUGGAUGUCAUGACAGUAGCAUCCAGGAAAUUGAUUUGGCAACAGGAACAUUUGUUACCAUCCAAAAUGGAACUAGAAAAUUAUUAGGAAAAGCAAAUCCUAUACAUUCACUGCAAGUUUGCAACGGAAUGAUAUAUUCAGGUAGUUCUGCAUUAGAUGGAGCAGCUGUCAAGAUUUGGAGUGCUUCAAACUAUGGUCUAGUAGGUUCACUGCCAACUGCAUUAGAAGUAAGGGCUAUGGCAGUAAGCUCAGAUCUAAUUUAUUUAGGGUCCAAAGCAGGAACUGUGGAAAUUUGGGAUCAGAAAAGGCAAAACAGAAUUGAAAUACUACAAACCGGCUCAGAUAGUAGGAUUCUUUGCAUGGCUCUUGAUGGUAAUGAAGAAAUGUUAGUAAUUGGAACGUCAGAUGGCCGGAUUCAGGCAUGGGGACUGAGCUAGAAUGGAGAUGGCGAACAAUAUAAAUUUUUAUUGACUACAAAAAUUUUUUUAGAAAAACAAAUGACAGCUUAAUGAUUAUUUGAAAUUAAAUUCAUUUUGCAACCUUCAAAUAAAAAUCUAUCUUUGAAAUUUAUUCUUCAAAAUGUUGAUAUUUUGUACUGUACAGAAGCUUUUUUUCAAUUAACUAGUAUUGUAUGAUCUAAAAUUUAAUAUUUAAUGUUAAUAAAUUGAUUAAUUUUCUUA